AGCUAAUUGUCUCCCCCGGCAGCGUAUCAUUGAUAAUAACGUUGCUGUGACCCCUGACCCCACGCGCUCGUAUAUUAAGCAGCACUUGCACUCUCGCAGACAUCAUUCACCAUGAGGACCGUCGUCGUGCUCGCCGCUCUCAUUGCCCUCUCCCAGGCCUCCGUCGUAAGACGUGAAACCAAAGAAUUCCCUUCUUUGGAGGAGUUGGUUAAGAGCGCCCAGGAAAAUGUGAAAACCUUCACCGAUCAGGUCGCCUCACUUUUCACCCCCGGCGAGGAGCAGAAGCAGACUUUGGCAAAGGUUGGCGAGACUCUGAGCAACCAGACCGCCCUUUUCACCCAGAACCUGCAAACUCUUGUGGACAACCUGAGCAACGCUGCCAAGGACAACCAGGGUCUGCAGGAGGCCGCCAGCCGCCUGAACACCACCCUGCGCGGCCUUGUCGGUGAGCAGAACGCCCAGGAGGCCGAGCAGGCCACCGCCGAGCUCUCCACCAAGGUGCAGUCGGCCGUGUCCACCGUGGUCGAGGAGGCCUCCAAGAUCGCCAAGAACGUUGAUACCGAGACGGCUCCCAUCAGGGCCGAGGUGCAGCAGGCCACCAAGCAGGCCGUCGACCAGGCCGUCGAACUGGCCAAAUACUUGCAGCAGCAGUUCCAGGCCGCCAUCUCUGGAAGCACCCCUGCGCCCACUUCGUAAUUGGAGAUGUUUUUGUAUUUAAAGAGAAAAUAAAUUUGAAAUGACAAAGCUGA